AUGGUGCUCUACGACGCCUUGAUCGUGGUCAGCGCGAAAGUCCCGCGAACGGCGUGCGCGGACGUGCUCAGAAGGCUCGGGACGUCGGUGAUCGAACGGGGUGGUGUGGUGACGGACGUGACGUCGUUCGGGGCGCGGACGUUGGCGUAUGAGUUUCGGAGACCGGGAGAGAGACACUUUGAGGCGCAAUUUGUGAAGAUGUCAUUCAACGCGCCGCCCGAUCUGGUGAAGGAAGCGGAGCACGCGCUGCGCGUCGACGAGCGCGUGUUGCGAUGGAUGUUCACAAAGAAACCCGCGUUGAGGCGGUUGAACGAUUUUAAGGCGCGGGAUUCGAGAAAUCCGAACACGAUGCCGGGCUACGACGCGCGCAGGUCGUCUUAA